AUGGUACAGCAGGGGCCCCCCGGGGGGCCCCAAGAGGGUACUUGGGCCCUGGACUCGAGUUGUGCUACAGAUACAGUAGAUGAUCUUGGGGUCCCCUUGGAGAUGUUGAACACUGAACCCUGCAGCAGCAGCAGCAGCAGCAGCAACAGCAGCGACAGCAGCAACAGCAGCAGCAGGUUGUCUGAUUCGGGAGGAGAUUUCAGCUUUGUUACCGCCGCCCUGGGAGCCGGUGGCCCCUCAAGUAAAUGCUUGCAGCAGCAGCAGCAGCAACAGCAGCAGCAACAACAAAAGCAGCAGCAGCAGCAGCAAGCGCUGCAGCAAGGGUCUCCUGCUAGUCUUAGUGCCGCCUCUUCCUGCUGUUCCCCCUUACAGACUUACCAGCUGCCCCCACCGCAGCCGCAGCAGCUGCAACAGCAGCAGCAACAGCAGCAGCAACAGCAGCAGCAACAGCAGCAGCAGCUACACAGUAGCUGGGGUGCGCCGCAGCAAGGCAGCCAUUGGGCGCAGCUGCUGCAGCAGCAUCAGCGUGAGCAGCAGCAGCUGCAGCAGCGGGAGUUGAUGCUGCAGCAGGAGCUGCAGGAACUGAGUCUAAUUGCUACAGAUCCUCUAAACUCUGCUGCUCCUCUUGCCCCUACGGCCCCGCACUUCCCCUCUACCCAUACGAAGCAGCAGCAGCAGCAGCAGCAGCAGCAGCAGCAUCGAGAAGGGGGCCCCUAUAGGGUGCCCCCGAAGGGUUUGUGGCUCUCGUAUUGCCGUCAAGGGCAGUCAGGGGCCCUUCAUCGAAGCACGAAGGCAGCAGGAGCAGCAACAGCAGCAGCAGCAGCAACAGCAGCAGCAGCAACAACCGCACCAACAACGGCAGCAGCACCUGCUGCAGGGGAGGAAGCACGUUUGCUGUUAGCUACAAUUGAGCUGCGCAGCAGCUUCGCGCGGCAGCUGCCUAAGCAGCAGGACGCUCUGCUGCUGUUUGUCUCUGUCCCUACCAGCAGCAGCAGCAGCAGCAGCGACAUAAGGGGGCUUGAGCAGCAGCAGCAGCAGCAGCAAUUUGCUGCUUGCCACCGGGAGGUGAUUUGCUGCGGCAUGCGGAGACAGUGCGGUUUGCUGCUGCAGAUACAGCAGCUUCUUUGCUGCCCGCAACCACAGCAGCAGCAGCAGCAGCAGCAGCAGCAGCAAGCAGUGUUGCAGCAGCCUCUCUUGUUUAUGCUUGCGGAGCAGAUUAAUGUCAGCAGCAGCAGCAGCAGCAGCAGCAGGCCUCUUAGCAGAGGGAAGCAGCUAACAGCAGAACUAUGCAGACGCUAUGGCUGGCUGCAUGCAACACCUAACGGGGUAAGACCAUUGGCCCUUGGUGCUGCUACCUGGCAGCAACUGCAGCAGCAGCAGCAGCAGCAGCAACAUCAGUUUGAUGGCCCUGCUGCUAAUGCGGAUGGUGCUGCUGCACCGCAGCAGUUUGCUGCUGUUAGUCUCUUUGAGUUGCAACAUAGCAGCAGCGGCAGCAGCAGCAGCAGACGCCGCAGCUGCAGCGGUGGAGAUCCAACAAGACAGCAGCAGGAAGAGCAGCAGCAGCAGGACGAGAAGGAGCAGCAGCGGCAGUUGCUGCUGCUGCGCCGCAAUCCACUUGCAGGGCAGCUGCUUGUGCAUGCAGAUAUCCCUGAUUCUCUCCUCCCCCAAGUACAGCAGCCGCAGCAGCAGCAGCAGCAGCGCAGCAGCAGCGACCACACUGUCCUUCCUGGUGUCCCAGCGAGGGGCCUUCGCCCAGUAGCCACAGCAGGAGCAGCAACAGCAGCAGCAGCAGCAGAGGAACCAGAGGAGCUGAUACCCUCUGUACCACCAACUCCCCAUGCUGCUCAGCAGCACAUGCGUCUGCGUGGCUUGGUGUCUCCUGCUGCAGCAACAGCAGCCGCAGCAGCAGGAGCGCAUCUUGCGGUUGUGCUGCAGCAAGUGCAGCUGCUGCAGCAGGUGCAGCUGCUGCAGCAACACAGCAGCUCCCUCAUUGUCUUUGCAUGCAGAGUCAGCAGCACAACGCGAGUUGCUUCUAAGCCCAUUGAUGUCAGCAGCAACAGCAGCAGCAGAAGCAGCAGCAGCAGCAAUAACAGCAGCGGAGACACUGCGUGGCUGGUGUCCCCUGAGCCGUUUUGGGUCAGUUCUACAUCAUUUCCUGCUGUUGCUGCAGCAGCAGCAGCAGCAGCAUCUCCUCUGCAGCUGCGCCGCGGCUCUCCACGCCGCUUGACACUCGAAGCAUGGCUUGCUGCAGACACAGCAGCAGCAGCAGCAGCAGCAACAGCAAUAGACGGUGCAGCAUUUGCAGCAGGAAUGAAGUGUAUAGCCAUAGGCCAUCUAUGUCUACCAGAGGAAAUGCUCCCCCUGCAGCAGCAGCAGCAGCAGCAGCAGCAGGAGCAGCAGCAGCAGACAGCAUUGUUAAAAGAAGAGGACUGUGUCUUGCUGUCUCUCUCUACGCAGCAGCCGCUGCUGCGCUGCCGUGCCCAAGUCUUUGGGGGGCACCUUCUAUCCAUACGCGAGCAGCAGCAGCAGCAAGAGCAGCAGCAGCAGAGGCAGUUACUGGAGGCACAAGCCCAGCAGCCGCUGCAGCAGGCGCGAGAAGAAGCCCACCUCCUACCGCAGCCAUUUCAACCACAGCAGCAGCAGCAGCAGCUUGAGCAGCAGCAGCCGCUUGAGCAGCAGCAGCACCUGGUGCAGCAGCAGCAGCUGGAGCAGCAGCAGCAGCUGGAGCAGCAGCAGCAGCAGCAACCAGUCGACACGUAUCAGCAACACCCCGAGUACCAGCAGCACCAGCAGCACCUGCAUCACCAGCAGCAGCAGCAGCUGCAGCAGCAGCAGCACCUGCUGCAGCAGCAGCAGCACCUGCAGCACCAGCAGCACCUGCAUCAACAGCACCUUCAGCAGCAGCAGGAGCAAGAACAGCAGCAGCUGCUGCAGCCAAGUGACACAGAAGAUGAAAGGAAGACUUCGCUGCUGCAGCCGCUUCCGCAGCCGCAGCCACAGCCGCAGCCUGCGCGUCUGUUGUAUGGCGGGGGUACUGCAGCACCACCAACAGCAGCAGCAGCAGAAGCAGCAGCAGCAGUUGCUGCUGCUGCUGCAGAUGCUACGCUUGCUGCUGCGCACCGUACGCUGCUGCGAUUAGAUGUAUCCGGAUGCAAGCUUGCUACUUUGCUAGCAGAGCAGCAGCAGCUGCAGCAGCUGCAGCAGCAACGGCAGAAGCAGCGGCUAGUCAACAUGUCAGCACCCCGCAGGUUCCCUCAUCGAAGCUCCGUUGCUGCCAGCACGAUGCAGUCUCGGCUGGUAUGGAUUGGUAUGAGCGUCGUAGAGGGGCAGCAAUUCGUGCAUGCGCUGCUGCAGCAGCAGCAAGCACUGAAGCUGCAGCUGAAGGGUCAAGGCUUUUAUUCUUCUGCUGCUGGCAGCAAAACAGCAGCAGCAGAAACAGCAGCAGCAGCAGCAGCAGCAGCGCCAACAGCUGCUGAGUUGCUAACUCCUAACGGCUGCGCAUCUACUCGAUGCCCAUCCGCAAACAUGGACGAUACAGCAGCAGGUGGAGCAACUUCUGCUGCUGCUGCUGCUGCUUGGGGCAGCAGCAGCCCGGCGCCUGCACUUGAACUGCCAAGGAGCAGGACGAAAGUGCAGGAGCUGCUUCUACUGCAGCAGGAGCAGCAGCAGGAGCAGCAACAGGAGCAGCAGGAGGAAGAGGAGGGGGUUUCGCUGCAGUUUGCUGCUGAGGUCAUCGACAAAAGAAGAGCAGCAGCAGAUGCUGUUGUUGCUGGGCUGCUGCAGCGGCAGUACGAACAACCCGAAGCAACUGCAGCAGCAGCAACCGCAGGAGCAGCAGCAAACCAGGCAGCAAAUGCAGCAACGGCAGGCGGUGUUGCGAGGCGGUUGCAGCAGCUGCUUUGCUCCCUUAAGACCAACGAACUAUCGGCGAGCACAAACAGCAGCAGGAGCAGCAGGUGCAGCAGCAGCAGCAGCAGCAGCAGCAGCGGGAGGUUCCGAUUGACAGCAGAUGAUCUAUCGAGGCUGCUGCUGCAGGUGGGGAUUUGCCUAGCAGCAAACUCUGUGCUGAUGCAGCAGCUGCUGCUGCUGCUGGAUGAAGCAGCAGAAGGCCUUGUUGAUAUGCAGCUGCUGCUGCUGCUGUUCUCCCGCCGCAGCGCAAGGGAAGAGAAAGCACUCCUUGCUGCUGCUGAUGCUCUUAGCUGCUGCUCCUCCUCCAUUGCUGCUGCUCCACAGGGAUGCGAGAGGCUGCGCAAGGAACUCUCUGCUGCAGCAGCUGCUGGUGUUGCUACAGUUCAUCCAGAAGCAGCAGCAGCAAAAGCAGCGGCAGCAGCAGCAAGACGUAAAGAACCCGAGAUGGUGAUCUCUGUGCAUGCACUGCAGCACAUAUUGAGUCGCGUGCUGCAGGAGACACAGCAGCAGCAGCAGCAGACAGAGGACGUAGCAGGAGGACUAGCUACUGCAGCAGCAGCAGCAGCAACGGCAAGCCCUCCUCGCAUGCGGCUAGCUUGUUUGCUGCUGUCGCUGCGGAGUCUCCCUUAUAUCUGCUGCAGGGGUAUUCAAGAGGAGAAGGCUUUGCUGCUGGAGUUGCUGCUCGAGGCAGCAGACGCAGCAGAGGCUGCUGCUGAUGUUGAGGCAGCUGCAGCAGCUGCAGCAACAGGCGAAGAAGCCGAAGCAGCUGCAGCAGCUGCAGCAGCAGCUGCAGCCUCACCACCUGCUAGCGCGCAUUCUACGGCAUUGGUCUGUUGCAGUGUUCUCCUGCAGCAGGUAGAAGCAGCAGCAGCAGCGGCUGCACCCAGUGGCUUGACAGGAGCCGCUACGCCUCAUGCUGCUGCUGCUGCAGCAGCAGCAGGCAGCAGCUGUGCGCCUACGUUAAGUCUUUCGGAUGAAGUUGCUGCAGCAAGGGCGCAGCAGGUAGCAGAAAAGGCACAAGGUGCAGCAAAUGAUCUGCUGCUCGUGUGGCAGCGCGAGCAGCAGAACCAACAACAGCAGCAACAGCAGCAACAGCAGCAGCUGGAUAUACCACCUGCAUGCAUGCUUGUCUUGCGGUGUCUGUACGUCCGCCUGCUGCUGGGAUCCAUUGGCUGUAGCGACAUUGUGGCUGUGCUGCAGCAAUAUCUGCGCAAAGAGCAGCAGCCUGAAGCAGCAGCAGCAGCAGCACCUCCAUUGUCGCUGCAGCUGCAAGGCGUCGAUAACGCAGACACCCCAUUGGGUGUAUGGACAGCUCUUGGCAUACCCACACCUCCUGCUGCUGCUGAGGUUGCACUGCGGUGGCUGCUGUCUUUCGUUCCUAGCAGCAGCAGCAGCACCAGCAAGAGCAGCAGCAGCAACAGUGUUUUGAUGGAAGCGGCGCAUGCAGCAUUUGCUGCGCUGCACAUGCGCCGUCACAAUUUGCUGCCGUGGCUAGAUGUGCCCUGUGGUGUUGCUGCAGCAGAAGCAGCAGUGUUUGGUGCAGCAGCAGCAGCAGCUGCUGCUGCUGCACAGGAUAUUUUGGGGAGUUUAAGCCUUGAUAGCUUAGAUAGCAGCUUCUCUCCUUCGCGUUGCUGCUGCUUGCUGCAGCAGCUACUACCUGUUGCUGCAGCAGAUGCGCAGCUUGUUGCUGCAGGGUCUUCAUCUGCUGCUGCUGCUGAGCAGCUGCUGCAGCAGCUGCAGAAGCGCGCCGUUGCAUUCCGAUCAGAGCUGCUGCAGCAAACGCGCGGGGGCCAUGCAGCACUGGCUGCAGCAGCAGCAACAGGAACAACAACAGCAGCAGCAGCAGCAGGUUCGCAUGCAUCGGAGGCCUUUGCAAACAGUAGAGUCGUCUUAGACGAGGAGGCCCGCCAAUGGGUCGUGGCUGUGCAGCAGCAGCAGCAGCAGCAGCAAGAGCCUUGGCUAGUAAGCAGAAAGCUGCUGCUGCGAGAAGAAUGGCAACAGGCGCAAACAGCAGCACUCAGUCUCCCCCCCUUUGUCCUCUUUGCUGCGUUGCUGGCAGCAAACAAGCAGCAGCAGCAGCAGCAGCACCAGGACUCCCUGGAGCUGACGACAGCGCAGACAGCCCGAGGUCUCGAGACCGUCCUUGGGCUCCCACCGCACUUAAGUGUGCUGCUGUCGCUGCUGCUGGAUAUCCGUGGGGAUGGAUAUAUAUCUUAUAGCGACUUUAGAAGGUUACCUUCUUACCUGCAUGCAGCAGCUCGUGCUGCUGCUGCUGCUGCUGCUGCUGGGGCAGCAGAAAGGGAAUGGGGUGCAUCGAGGGCCACAACCCCGUGGUGGCUUGAAGCACUGCUGCAGGGGCCACGGCAGGCAGCAGUAGCAGCAACAGCAGCAGCAGCAGCAGAGCUCAGGGACGAUUUGUUACUGUUACUUGCUGCUGCACGCAUGCGUGGGGGCCUACAGAGAGUCCUUACUGGCGCGGGCCUAUCCGCAGCAGCAGCAGCAGCAGGAGCACCCUCUGCUGCAAAUGACGCAAACAAGGUGCUGCUGCGGCUGGGGAUGCGGCAAACAGCAGCUCGCGCCUUGCAGCUGCUGCUGGAAGCCGCAGCAAGGAGCAGCACCAUCAACAGCAGCAGCAGCAGCAGCAGCAGCAGUCUGAAUUUAUCAAUGUUGGAGUAUUGGCUGCAUGCAGCGCAGCAGCUAGCACCGCUUGUGUUGCAGGAUGUGUUUUGCUGCCUAUUUAACUCGCAGCCCUUCUCUCCUGCUGCAACAUCUUCCCCUGACUACCGAGUGUUUCAGCAGCAGCAGCACGAGCUGCUGCUGCUGCUGCUCCGAUCUCUACGAGCAAAUAACAUUUCUAUCGAGAACUUUUGCUGCGACCGUCUGCUGCAGCAGCAGCAGCAGCAGCAAAGUGCUGCAGCAGAUUCAUCGACCCCGGAGACUGCUGCUGCUGCCCUUCUACGACGCAUUAAAUACCACAUAAUUCCUACAGCAGCAGCAGCAACCGAUGUGUCGCGAUGGGUGUUUGUAGAAGAGUGUACCCUGCUGCUGCUGCCUACUUUUAGCACCAACUGCAGCAGCAGCAGCAGCAGCAACAGGGGGAAAAGUGCUGUGGGAGCUGUAAGCACGUCCCUUCAUUUGCUGUUUGAUGCAGCAGAUCCAAAAGCAAGAGGCAGCGUCUCUGCUGCUGCGCUGCAGUUGCUGCUGCAGGAUGCUGAGCUGCUGCAGCUGCAGCGGGACAGCAAAGCCCUUGUUGCCUUGAGGAGACUCGAGGCGCAAGAAACCCAGCAGCAGCAGCAGCAGCAGCAGCAGGAGUUUGAUGUAGGGGGAAGCGGUGGAAUCUUUGAGCUCGCAGAGUUGUUAAACGAGAACCCCUCAAAGCAGCAGCAGCAACAGCAGCAACAGCAGCAGCAACAGCAGCUGAGUGCAACAGCACUUCGAGCACAUCCUGCGCUGCAGCGACUGCGAGAGAAGAUGCUGCUGAGCAGCUGGACGUUCGCGGAUCUGUGCAUACACUUGGGCUGCAGCACGUCAGCAGCAAGAGACUUGACUUGCAGCAGCAACAGCAGCAGCAGCAACAAGGCACUGUGUCUGUACAGGACAUCUUUCCGCCGUGCUGCUGCUCUCCGUGCUGCACUAGUAAGCAGCGCAGCAGCAGAUGAUUUAUUUGAUCGCCUAGCUGUUGCUGAAUAUGUGGAUCCUCGUGCUGCAGCAAGGCGCAGUGGCAGCAGCAAGAAGCAGCAGCAGCAACAGCAGCAGCAGCUCUACCAGACGCUGCCGCUGUUGCAUGUACAAGAUCUACUGGCUGCGCUUGCCUCGCAAAAACAAUUUUGGGGUGUCUGCAGCAGCGCUGCAUGCCGCGUCCUCUUUCUGCUGCUGAGGCAGCGUCUAACCUCAAUGGAGCAGCAAGAGCAGCAGCAACAGCAACAGCAACAGCAGCAGCAACAGCAACAGGAAGGAGUGGCCCCCCAUACAGAAUCUGAGUUGCUGGCUGACCUUCUAGCAGCAGCAGAGCAUAAGCUCAGGGGUAUGCCUGAAUAUCAGCAGCAGCAAGAAGCAGCAGAAGCGGCAGCAGCAGCAGUUGCAGCAGCUGAUGGACAGGUGCUGGUAUCCCGUUUGGCGCUGCAGCAAACAGCAGCAAGUCUUGCACAGGGACUUCUUAUUGCUGCUGAUCUUGAUGCCCUUGCAGACUGGUGUGGACCAGACCAGGGUCUGCCUGCUGAUGUUUGUGAUGCCUCGAUGCUCUUCCGUGCUAUGGACGACGCAGCAAGACGCAGCAGCAGCAAACAGAGGCUGCUGCUGCAGUGUCUUGCUGCAGGGGCCCUCACCGCAGCAGCAGCACAGCUCGGCUGCUGCUCUCCACAAGAUGCAGCUGUCUCUCUAAAAGACGCAGCUGCAGCACUGCAUGCACGCGGACACCGCGUGUUCCCUGGAGAGCUGCUGCAGCUGUUCACCUCCCUGCAGCAGCAGCAGCAGCAGCAAAAGCAGCAGCCGCUGUUUGAUAUGCAGCAGGGUUUGGUGUAUGUAAAGCCUCUUCAAUCAGCAGUGCAGCAACGCCUCCUGUCGUUAGGCCCUGCUGCUGAAGACAGCAGCAGCAGCAGCAGCAGCAGCAGCAGCAGUGCUGUUGUUACGCGUUGUGAUGGCAUUCUGCUGCAGCUCUUGCUGCUGCGCAUGCGGGCUGUUGCUGCACUUAAUUCCCUCGAUGUUCUGCAACUGUUUGCUUCAGUUUGCUGCUGCAGCGCAGCAGGGCGCAAGCCCACAGCAGCAGACUGGCGUGCUGCACUUCAAGCAACACUGUGGGACGGCCUACAGCCCUGCUGCCGCUGCAACUGCAGCAGGAGCAGCAGCAGCAGCAAGGGACACUGCCCGUGCGUGGAUGCUGCCGUUCAGCGUCUGGUGCAGCAAGUACAAGACCGCAAGUCCUUGCAAGAGCUGCUGCAGUUGCAGCUACCAGAGCUGCAGCAGCAACUGCCAGCUCUAUUCCUUGGGCUGGGCCCGGGACAGCAGCAGCAACAGCUGGUGCUGCUGCAGCAACUGCAGCAACUGCAGCAGCAGCAAGGAUAUCGGGUGUCUGUGGAAGAAUUUAGAGCCUUCUUUGCCCGCAGGGGCAGCAGCGCUGCAGCAGAACUUUGGCUGCUGCUACUACAGCAGCAACAGCAGCAGCAGCAAAAGCAGGCUAAAGAUAUGAGCAGCAGCUACUCGUACACAGUUUCUCUGUCUGCUUGUGUUGAGCUUUUGGCUCUCUUCUUGGACGAAGCGCAGCAGAAGCAGCACCAGCAGCACCAGCAGCAACGUGCUGAGCUGCUGCUGCAUGCGGCGGCACCCCCCGAGGUUGCUGCAGCAAGAAACGCCCUGCUCGGUCGGCAGCAGCAGCAGCAACUUCCGGCUGAUGAGGCCGAAGGCAUCAUCAGGCGCACUGCGCAGAAGGCGUGCCGACGCGCGCGAGCAGCAGCAACAGCAGCAGCAACAACAGCAGCAGCAGGAGCAGCAGAUAUAGAUGCAGAAGCAGAAGAAAAGAUAAAACCUCUUUUUCAAGCCCUCGCAUCUUCCUUUGUGCAGCACAAUCUGCUGCUGCAGAUCAGCAAGCCACGCGUACGCUGCCAGGCAGCAGCAGCAGCAGCAGCACCUGCUGCUACCGCAUCAACUUCAGGCCUUGCUGCUGCCUUCAGCAUGCGCUGCAGCUUUUUCGGGUUCGACGAGCAGCUUCGCGCAGAUUUCCCAGCAGCAGCAGCAACAGCAGCAACAGCAACAGCAACAGAAGCAACACCUGGAGAGCCGCUGGUGCUGCUCCGCUCCUCACUACCUUCGGCGUUGCCUCAUCCGAGCGAGAUUAGUAGCAGCAGCAGCAGCAUAUCAGGAAAGGAAGCUGCUGCUGCCCUCCAGACACUUCUGCGCCCGGCUGAGCCACUGUUGCUGCUGCACUUGCAGCAGCAGCAACAGCAGCGUGGAGACGACGGUUGGGUCGGAAGCAUGCCGUUAGGGGUUUUGCUGCAGACACUUGAGCAUGCCGAGCCUUCUGCUGUAUUUUGGGGCUGCUGCUGCAGACGCGUCUUGCUGCUGCAGCGCCAAGAUGCAGCACUAACUUCGUCCUAUCACCGCAGCAGCAACAGCAACAGCAGCAGCAGCAGCAGCAGCAUGGAAGUGGAAGUUAGUAUCUGGUACUGGGCAAGAGUCGUAGGUGCUCAGACACCACAAGCCCCGUUGCUUUGUGCAGCAGCAGCUUCUCUCAGCAGCAAAGCUAUCCUGGUGAAGCAGCAGCAGCAGCAGCCGAAGCAACAACAGGUGCAGCAGCAGGAACAGCAAGUGGAGCAACAGCAGCAGGUGGAGCAGCAAAACGUGGACGAAGCGGAUGAAACAACACUGCUGCGGAAGCAGCGCGAGGGACUGAAGCAGCAGCUUGCGCUGCUGCAGCAGCAGCAUCGUUUGCUGCUACAGCAACUGCAACGGGACGAAGAGCUCCAGCAAGAGCAGCAGCAGGAAGAGAGAAGCAAUAAGAUUGAAGAGUAUGAGAGUUCCGUGACUACUGCAGGGCGUAAGCCGUCCUCUGCUGCUGCAGCAGAAGCAACAACAACAGCAGUGGCAGCAGCAACACAAGCAAGAGAAGCAGCAGCAGAAGCAGCAGCAGAAGCAGCAGCAGCAGCAGAGACAUGUGAGCUGCUGGACUUCCCGGAGGGACCUCACGGACCUAUAGUGCUUUCCUCAGCAGCAGCAGAGGCUACAGCACGAACAGCAGCAGCAGCAACAACAACAGAAGCAGCCUCUCAAGUCAGCAGCUGCAUGCGCAUCCGCGUCGCCGACUUGGUCUUGGGGCUGGCUGAGCUCCGUCAGCACCAGCAGCAACAGCAGCAGCAGCAACAGCAGCAGCAACAGCAACAGCAGCAGCAGCAGGCGUGUGCUUGGACGUUAGCAAUAGCUCGGCAUGGGGGCCCUCACUCUAGGGCACUGCAACGCUGGAGAGUCCCCCUAAGGGCAUUGGGGGGCCCCUCUCUUAUGCCUGCAGAUAUACUUGUGUUGGGUCCUGCUGCUGCUGCUGACCCUGCAUGCAUCACUUUUCCGCUGCAGCAGCAACAACAACAACAGCAGCAGCAGCAGCAACGGCAUCUGCUGCGACAGGAUAACCCUCCCCCUGGCGGCAUCCAAAACACGAAGGAGCAUCUUUCCUUUUGUUUGUUUGCUGCUUCUGACGUUAACAGUCUCCAAGAGGAGACACUUAUUGGCAGUGCUGUCUUAAGUGUCCCUGGGGGCCCCGGGGGGCCCCUAGCAGAGGCAGCUCUUAGUUUGCUGCUGCAUCAGGGGGCCCCUGAGGAUCUCCUGUUUGCUGAGGGGGCCUCCAGGCCCUCCUCUGCUGGUGCUGGUCCUGCACACUCCUCUGCUGCCGCAGCUUCUGAUGAGGGGCACCAUGCGGGCCCCGUAGGCCGUGUCUUGGGUCGGCUGCUGCUAGCAGUGGAGCUUAUAGCUGACGAAGAGGGCACUGAAUGGGGGCCCCCAGGAGGGCCUUCAGGGGGCCCACCUUCAUGGGCAGUAGAUGUUGCUGAGCUACCCCCAGGGGUAUUCCUGUGUCGUGGGGGGCCCCCCACCAAGACACCUGAUGGGGCCCCCAGCUGUGGGGAAAGAGAAUGGAUGACUUGGCAGUCUCUUUGCGCUUUGCUGCGGGAGAAGGGCCCCCCCGAGGCCCUAGAGGUUCUUCUAAGGGCUGUUAAGGGGCCCCCUACAACAGCCGUGUUAGCGAGGCCCCUAUUGAUCAUGGGGGCCCUCCAUCGCUUAGCAGCAAAACUAAAGCCUCUCCUUCCCUAUUUGCUGCGGGAAAUGUGGGAGCGUCAGCAGCAGCAGCAACAACAGCAGCAGCAGCAGUUUGGUUUCGGGCUGCUGCAGUGGAGUAGUUUCCAGACGUUGCUGCUGCAGGCCAUAGCAGCGCACGACCCCUCAACUCCGUCAGAGGACCUGUCUGCGGCCCUCAGCAGCAGCAACAACAGUAACAGCAGCAGUAGCAGCAGCAGCAGCAGCAGCUUAACAGCAGAGGAGUGGCUGCUGCUGCAUGGCUGCUUAGCCUUUAGGCACAUAUGGAGGGCAGAGGGAGGAACAGAAGAAGUUUUUGACUUGUGGGCAGCAGCAAGAUCCAUGCUCUCUUGCCUCCACUUAGGGGCCCCCAAGGGGUCGCCAGCAGCAGCAACAGCAGCAGCUCCUGCUGCUGCAUCUUGGGACCGCCUGUCACCGUCGUUGAGGGAACUCCUUCAAAUGCUUCAGGACCCCGCAGAAGCAGCAGCAGCAGAAGCAGCAGCUGCAGCACUACGAACAGCAGCACCAGAAACAACAGCAGAAGAAACACCAGCAGCAGCAGCAGACAGGAGUUCUGGGAGGUUGUUCUCGAUCACGCCUGGUUUACGUACCCUUGGGGGGGGCCCAGAGUCCCUUGGGGCCCCCCCCUUUAGUAUUUAUUUGAAGGUAGAGAGAGGGAAGGGCCUCCCGCGUCUGGGGACCCUCUUGCCUUCCUCCUUUGUCACUGCUGCAGUUGUGCUGUUGCCUCGCGUCGCUGCCGCUGCAGCAGCAACAGCUCCGGCGCUACAGUGCUCGACGGCGGGAGUCCCCGGGGGGCCUCCACUAGGGGCCCCCGGUGGUGGCCCCUCUACCUCUCUUCUAUACAUUGAACAGGCAUGCAGCCCCGUUAUAUACAGAAGCAAAAACCCUUAUUGGACUUGGCACCUCUCACUUAGGGGGCCCCCCUUGGCAGAGGUCUGUGCUGCAGUCCUGGCUGCAGCAGAAGCAAUCAAGGUGGCCCCCCAGCAAGGGGCCCCCAAGCAAGAGGAAAUGCAAGACACCGCUGCUGCUGCAUGCAUUUUUAAAGCAGCAAAUAGCCUUCGUUUGCUGCAACAGGGGCCCCAUGACUCGCCACCAGCAGCAGCAGCUGCUGCUGCUGCCAGUGCGGUACUGCCCCUUCUAUCCGUCCGUCUUACUAUAUGGCUCUUAGAUGUAAGAGCAGAGAGGCCCCAGGGGGCCCUUCCUCUCCUUCCUGAGGCACUCCGUUUCCCUGUGAUGUUUGAAGGGGCGGGGGCCCCCCCCUGUACCCCUUUUUUUGGGGCCCCCCUUAAUGGGGAGACCGGGGGCGCUACUCUAUGCCGUGUACCCAAUGGUUGGCACGCUUUAGGUCAUGUCUUUGUACCCAUCAAGGGCCCCCAAGAUAAUAGCCAACAAGGGGGCCCCUGCCAAAUGGCAACCUACGCCAUUGUACCCCCUGCAGCGGGAACCAUCCCCAGCAGUGCUGGAGGGGCUUCUGCUGCUGCAGCGGUGGGAGCAGCAGAGGACAUGCAGUGCGGUGUAUGCACGGCAGGCGCUUUUAUAGAGUGGGACAAUAUAUAG